UUACUGGUCCCUCCCUGUCUUGCUCUGCUGCUCCAACUCUCAGGAUCUAGGGGUGCAGAUCACAUUCUCCCAGAUUACAGAAUCCUGGGCUCAGCCAUGGGCUCUUCCAGCACCUUCCUCUGCAUCCUGUUUCUCUGUGGGGCACUGGAGCAGAGUGAGAUCAUCGAGUGGAAAGGCUGCCUCCCAAGAAUCCAGUGCCCUCUGCCAGGCCAUGCCACCUACUGGUCACGCUCCUACACUCUGCAGCACCAUUGCUGUGAGCAGGACCUGUGCAAUGCAGCCACCACACUGCAGUGGCUCCCGACCCCACUUCUCAACACUCUGCUCCUCCUCGUGGCAAGCUUCACCUGGGGAGACCACCUCCUCCACUAGUCUCUCGAGAUAUGCAGCCCUCAACCCAGGACUUCACCAUCACCAUGGCCCUGGACACAACUCCACAGACGCUUUUGAGAUAUGCCCAAGAACCGGAUUUUGUACAGUGACCUCAGAUCCAUGGCCCAACACCUUCACAGACCUCUCCCAAGACCUGAUUCCUAUGGGUACCACUCCAUUCCCUACAAGCACCUCCCCCAGAGCCCAGCCUCAUUAAGAACACCUGUUUGAUGUCUUGUGUCUUUUUCUAGAUGCCUGUUGCUGAUGCCCUCUCUCAGCCCCAGGUCUCUGGCAAGGCAGGCGUUUGAUGGAGCUGUGGGUCCCAAGCAAGGGGACUGAAGGGGCACCAGGUAUAGUGAGGAGGAGAGUCUUUCUAGAAAAGAUUAAUUUGGUAGGUCAGGAACUCAGGAAGAAGGGCUUGGGGAACUGUGAAGAGUAAAUUUAAUAAAAGUGCUACCUGGGAGUCUGGUAACACUG